AGCUGAAGAACUAUCAUUGUAGGUGGCAGCACUAUCAAAAUAUGGCUCCGAUUCUGCUGUUUUGGCUGAAAAAUCCGCCAUUUUGUGAACGCGAAAACUUGAGACUGUGCUGCCCAGCGACUGAGUUUUUACAUUUGUGCUUGUUCCUGCGCUUUACAAUUCUGCAUUAUGUGUUUUCUGAACCAAGGUGCUUGAAAUGGUGAGCGUGGCGCUCGCUAUUUCGCGGUGUCGGCCGUGUGAGCUGAUAUAUGCUAUGGACGAUUGACGGGUGCUCAGGGAACGCUUGCUAUGAGUAAGCUUUCAUUUAGGGCUAGGGCACUCGAUGCCUCCAAGCCCAUGCCCAUUUAUUUGUCAGAAGAGCUUCCUGAUCUUCCUGAGUACCUCUCUAUAAAUCGGGCGGUGCCUCAGAUGCCGUCUGGAAUGGAAAAAGAGGAGGAAUCGGAACGCCACUUACAAGAGGCGAUAAGCGCUGGGAAAGUGAUCCCAACACCAGAGGUGUUUGGGCUGGAGGAGCUCGGGGACGGCGACAGACUGAAUCUUCUCUACCCGCAUAACAACAAAGUACCCAAACAGUACAUUCACUACCAGUCGUGGUUGGUUUGUGAUGUUCUGAUGACUUAGCCAAUUCUUUGUGGAUGAUGAAACUUGUUUUCAGCUUAUGCCUUUGAUAAUGACGUUCCCGAAUACGAUUUGGACUCGGAUGACGAAAUGUGGAUCAAUGCGCAAGUAAAAAAGAUGGACGUCUCUCUUACAUACGACCAGUUUGAAGAGAUGAUGGACCGUCUGGAGAAGGGCUCUGGCCAACAGGUGAUCACGCUGAAGGAAGCCAAGCUGCUUCUCAAGGAGGAUGACGAUCUCAUAGUGGCCGUCUAUGAUUAUUGGCUUAAUAAGAGGCUCAGACUGCAAUAUCCGCUCAUUCCGACCGUGAAGACGGAAAAGACGGUUGGUGCAGGACACACCAACAAUCCGUAUAUCGCUUUCCGUCGACGCGUCGAAAAGAUGCAAACCAGGAAGAACCGCAAAAAUGACGAGGCCUCUUAUGAGAAAAUGCUGAAACUCCGCCGGGAUCUCAGUCGUGCAGUAACCAUCCUCGAAAUGGUUAAGCGCAGAGAGAAGAUGAAAAAGGAGCAUCUGCAUCUAACAGUCGAAAUCUUCGAAAAGCGGUACUCUAUUGGCGACUUCAGCGGUCAGGUGCUAACCGACGUCAGUGCUUACAAGGCCUCGUCGGUGAGCAGCGGCCUGGCGCCGGGCGGUGGCGGCGCGGCGGCGGCGUCCGCGCAGUGUCAGACGCCGGCGCCGCCGCCGCCGCCGCCCCCGCCGCCGCCCGCGCAGUCGGUCACCUCGCGCCCGGCAUUCAACUCGUCCAUCUACCUCAACCAACACCAGUGGGCCACCAAAGUGAAAAUCCGCACCGUGCAGGACGAUCUUCCACCAAAAGAGAAACGUGCUUACAAGAAGAGAAAGCACGGUCGCUCACACAUCAUACCCUCUGCAAGACCGUCCACAAGCGGCUACCUUCACGUCAGUGACGUGGUCAUCGACACGGUGACCAGUGACGAGGAGGAGGCGGCGCCGCUGCCGUCCAGUCUGUCCGCGCACCUGCCGGCGGCCAGCGCCGUCUCGGAAGGCGAGGACGAAGACCCGGACGGCGAGUUCACAUUCCGCCGCAAAAGGAACUGCUCCUACCUGGCGCCAUCGCUCUCCGAGCGGCUGGAGGGCAGAGGUGCUGGCCAGGAGCCGCCGCCGUCUGUCCGCGGCGCGGCCGGGAAGCGCCAUUACCGGCUAGGAUCGCUGCGGCGGCCCCGACGGCACUUCCUCGGGCUGGUGCGGCACAGAGUCGGCAGGGGCGGGAGGGUAAUCAUUGACCGGACGUUCGCCAAUGGUGACGACUACUGGCGGUCACUGGACUUUGAUGUGCUAACAGACAGCAGGGGGACGGAGAGCUUCUCGCGGCGCUUCUGUCCUGUGGAGGAGCCCCCGCCGAGCCCCGUUUCGGAGCUGGACGUGGAGGACUACAUCCAGCACCUGCCGUCCGGUUACCAGAUCGAGGGCACGCCGCUGGACGCGAGCGGCUCUGUGAGCAGCUCCCAGCCACCCGGCCGGCCGCUCAGCGUCCACAUGGUGCCCAGCUCCAGCGUUCGGCUGGUGCCCACCCCGGAGCUGGCCGCGGACGUGUGCUCGCCGCCGGCCAGUCCGACCGGCGACACGCUCGGCCUGUCGUCGUUCUCGCUGGCGCCGUCAGAUACAUUCAGUGAACUGGUGACGAACCUGAUUAGCCCGUACCUAGUGGACAGUGACGGUGUGCUAAUGGACAGUGCCCAGAACGGCGCCGAUCUGGACGGUGCCGAGGAGGGCAGUUGGACGGCCUCCGAACCCCCUGCCGACUCGGCGGGACCCGCGGCCGGCAGGACGACCGGCUUCUCGGGUGCAGAACGCUGUGGCCGGCCAGAGGUGAACGGCGGCGUGUGGCCCACGCCGGUGACGUCAGCGCCGUCUGGCCUGGUGACGCUGCUGGGCGGCAGCGGCGGCAUGACGACCACGUCGGCGGGCAGCGCCGUGCUGCUGGCUGACACGCCGCCCGCCAUGGAGCUGAUGACCGACAAGGCCGACAAUGGCCACCUGGCCGGCAGUGAACCCCACUCGCGGCAUAGUGAACCGCCGGUCUCGGCCAGCGAUGUGAGGAAGGGCUGUGGUCCCAUGGAGGUGACCUGAGCAGGAGCCGUCGCUGGCCAGCCGUUUCAGUUUCACUCUCGGAAGCGCAGGCUUCUGAUCAGCCCCGUCCCAAUGCGUUAUUCGAUAUGACGAAUAGAUGUUUCUCCGUACGCCAGUACUACUCGGCAUGCCUUGUUUAUUUGAUAGAAACACAAUUUUAGUACAAACUCAUGUAGGUGGUGUGAAUUUCAUCGCUGGGCAUUUAUGGUCGGUUGCAUCGUCAUUUCUAUUCAGUUGUAACUAAGUGGAUGACUGUAUCCUGCUGAAAAGUUCUGCUGUCUGAUUCAGUUGAUUGGGUAUUUAUUAUGAUCAUUUCACUCUCCACACUAGUUCCAUGGCGUACUUUGGAUGGGGUGAGUGACAGCUCAUGGAUAACAGCCGUGAAUGGCUGGGGUCCACACUAUCAUUGUGUUUUUCAAUGACAUAUCCUUGUUGAUUUCGCAAGUAGCAGUCUUGUUCAGGUGGUGAACUGCGAGAUCCGCGCGCACAGUCAGUCCCGAAUAACGCAUUCAGUUGAACAUAGGUAAACUACAUAAAUUCUGUCUCAUGUUUGCACAUAAGGCAUGGAUAGUUCAUCCUAGACGGGAGAGCCCGUAUAUUCCAGAUUGUCUUUGGGAGAUUUAGAAAAAAAGUACAGGCUGCCUCGUUGUUCCUGUUUACCCCAUUCGUUGUUUUAGUCUAGGACCUUGCAUUGAAUGGCGAAUUUAACACAUAAAAAGCAAAGGAUUAAGUAGACUUGAUGAGAUAUACCAGUUGCAAAAUCAUCGCAAAAUUGUACAUAACAUAGUUACAGUAUUGACCAAACGGUUUGGUGAGCAUUGUCUUGUUUUACUGGUGGCUGUGGUGUUACGCGUGACGGUUGACGUCAACAUUGUCAAAUGUGUUGGCGACUCGCGCGAGUGGCGGGCCGCCGGUCGGAUCACUGUCGGUGCCGUGCUUUUUGUGGAAUCAAUUGUCCCCGAUAACUCGCUUGUAUCGCUGUGCGCCUCGAUGCGCUGAACGUCUUUCAUGAGACUGGUGUGUGUGGCCGUUCUGUACGGCGGAGCGCGUCCGCCAGGCCACUACCGGGCGUGCCGGACGUGGCGGCGGCGCGUGUCUGCCGGCUCUAUACGCUUUCAUUGUGAUGUGUAUGGUCAUUUAUUGUAGCACUUCUGUACAUAUGUCAUGAAUCGCAUUGCUCUGGCAAAAAGAAAGAAAUAAAUGUCAUCAUCUCUG